AUGGAUGUAUAUAGGACUCAUCCUAAUCGUGCCGUAUUGAGGAAGGAAUUUAUAGAAGGAGUUGCGGGGUUUAUUGCUAAGGCGAAAUCGCUAAAUGAUUUUCUUAUUGAAGGGACAAUUAGGUGCCCUUGUAUUAAAUGCAAGUGUGUCAAGUUAUUGAGACCAGAUGUAGUUGAACUUCAUCUUUACAAGAAUGGAUUUAUAGAAAAUUAUUAUGUGUGGACUGUUCAUGGAGAGAAUCAUGAUUUUCAUAAUUCUUUUGGUGGUGAGGGUAGUCCCAGAGUAGAGAAUAAUUUUGAAAAUUCUCGAUUCAAUGAAAUGAUGAGAGAUGCUUUUGAGAUGUUUCCAGGGGCUCAAUCCGAACCAAAUGAUGAGGCUAAGCGCUUUUAUGAACAACUAGAGGAAGCUAGUCGUCCAUUGUAUGAAGGCUCAAUGCAUUCCAAGUUGUCUGUUGCAGUUAGACUACUAACUAUCAAAUCUGAUAGUUCUAUUUCUCAAGCGGGCAUGGAUUCUAUCAUUGGGCUUAUGAAUGAACUGAAUCCGAAUAAAAUUGACUUACCCAAAGAUUUCUAUACUGCAAAGAAAUUGGUGUCCAAGUUAGGACUUUCAUCAGAGAGGAUUGACUGUUGUGAGAAAGGAUGCAUGUUAUUUUAUAAGGAUGAUGCAGCAUUAGAAAAUUGUAAGUUUUGUAACCAACCUCGUUAUAAGGAGGUUACAAAUGCUAAUAAGAAGAAGGUUCCUGUGAAGGCGAUGCAUUACUUACCCCUUAUACCAAGGUUAAAGAGGUUGUACGCAUCAAUGAGCUCCGCUCCUCAUAUGAGAUGGCACUAUGAACAUAGAAGGCCAACCGGUGUUCUAUGUCACCCGUCAGAUGGAGAAGCAUGGAAGCAUUUUGAUAGGAUGUUCCCGGACUUUCCAAGUGAACCAAGAAAUAUUAGGUUGGGAUUAUGUGCUGAUGGAUUCACUCCAUUUGCAGUCUCUGCCGCACCAUAUUCAUGUUGGCCAGUGUUUGUUACGCCGUAUAAUCUUCCUCCAGAGUUUUGUAUGACAAGUCCAUAUUUGUUCCUAACUUGCAUUAUUCCAGGUUCACGCAAUCCAAAAAGUUUAAUUGAUGUAUACAUGCAGCCGUUGAUUGAUGAGUUAAAGUUAUUAUGGCAUCAAGGUGUGGAAACCUAUGAUAUAUCAACUAAACAGAACUUCAGAUUGCGUGCCGCUUUAAUGUGGACUAUAAAUGAUUUUCCUGCUUAUGGAAUGCUAUCCGGGUGGUCUACUGCUGGAAAGUUAGCUUGCCCGACUUGCAUGGAAGACACAAAAACGUUCACUUUGAAACAUGGAGGUAAGAACACAUGGUUUGACUGUCACCGUCGUUUCUUGCCAAUGGAUCAUGAAUUUAGGAGAAACACUAGUGCAUUUCUGAAGAAUCAAAGUGAUUAUGAAGAGCCACCUUCAGUCUUGUCGCCAGAAGAAAUUUGGAAUAGAGUUAGGGAUCUACCUAAGGUAACAGAGUCUCCAUUACCUAAUAAGAUACCUGGUUAUGGUGUUACCCAUAACUGGACUAAACAGAGCAUAUUUUGGGAGUUACCUUAUUGGAAGCAUAAUCUUCUAAGGCAUAAUCUUGACGUCAUGCAUAUUGAGAAGAACUUUUUUGAUAAUUUGUUUAAUACUGUGAUGGAUGUUAAUAACAAGACAAAAGAUAACUUGAAGGCCAGGAUGGACUUGAAGGAAUAUUGUAGGCGAAGUGAGUUGUACCUUACAUACCUGAAUAACAAGAUUCAGAAUCCCAAGGCCAGUUACACAUUCACUUUGGAUGAGAGAAGGGAGAUUUGUCAGUGGGUUAAGAAUUUGAGUAUGCCAGAUGGAUACGCGUCAAACUUAUCUAGGUGUGUUGACAUGAAAGAAGGGAAGUUGAUGUCAAUGAAAAGCCAUGAUUGUCACAUUUUCAUGGAAUCAUUGAUGCCUAUUGCGUUCAAUGCCUUGCCUGAUAGAAUAUGGAAGCCUAUCACAGAGAUAAGCUUAUUUUUUAAGGAGUUGUGUUCUAGCACAUUGAGGGUGGAGAAUCUAACUUACAUGGAGAGUAAUAUUCGCCUAACUUUAAAUAAGUUGGCGAAAAUUUUUCCUCUUGGUUUCUUCGAUGUAAUGGAGCAUCUUCCAAUUCACCUUGCGCAAGAGGCACGACUUGGAGGGCCAGUUCAGUAUAGAUGGAUGUAUCCCUUUGAGAGACCCAAUCGACAUGACGAUGGAGGAAGUAAUGAUCCUUCAGCACCACCAUUUUCCAUAUUCAAUCAACCAGGAAAAGGUGGUCCAAAAAAUAGUUCAAAGCGAAUCUUGACUGAGAAGGAACUAGAGUCAGCUACAACACAUGUACUAUUGAAUUGCCCCGAGGUCCAACCUUAUUAUAGUUACUUUGUGGGUACAUAUGGGCAGAAUGCUGUUUAUCCUACGUUUUCAAAGUGGUUUAGAGAAUUUGUUCAUAAUCCAGCUAAUGGCAUACGUGAUCAAUUUCUGUAUGAUAUAGCUUGGGGACCUGAUCCUAGAGUUAGAAAGAUGUCUAGGUAUUGUGUUAAUGGGUACAAGUUCCAUACAGAAGAAUGGUCUAAGGGCAAGAAAACCAAUAAUAGUGGGGUGUGGGUGAAAGGUGAGGGGGAUGUUGAUUAUUAUGGUGUGAUUCAAGAGAUUUUAGAACUCGAGUACAGUGUUGGUUGGCCAAAGAAAAAGUUGGUACUCUUUCGGUGCAAGUGGUAUGAUCCAGCACCAAAUAGAGGUACGAAGGUGCACCCCCAGUACAAAAUAGUUGAAAUUAAGCACACAAGGGAUUAUCCAUUCUAUGAUCCAUUUAUCAUUGCACAAAAUGUAAAACAAGUGUAUUACACUCCUUAUCCUUUGUGCAAGAAUAAGUCCUCAUGGAGGGUGGUUAUUAAAACAAAACCCGUGGGUAGAGUGGAAGUCGAGGAUGUUUUGGAUGUAGCUUACCAAAAUGACAUUUCAACUGUUGAAGCAUUGGUAGAUGAUGAAUUAGCAGGUGAAUUACACCAUAGCGAAGGCAUCUAUGAAGAAUUUGAUAUUUCUGUCCUUAGAUCAAAUUUAAAUGAUGAUGGGGAAGGAACAUCCAGGUCAAAUGAGGAGGAAGACCCAGCCAAUGAAUAUGAAACAAGCGAUGAGGAAGAAUUAUCUGAUGGAAAUGAAACAAGCGAUGGAGAAGAAUUUCUUGAUGACAAUGGAACAAGUGAUGAGGAAGAAUCUAAUAAUGAAUAUGAAUCAAGUGAAGAUGAUUGA